AUGUAAAAUUCAAAGGGAAACUUAUAACCUAGAUAGCAGUAAAUUGAAAAGCAAAUAGAAUUUGACCAAUAUAAAAUAUUUAAUGAAAUAAAGAAUGCAUAACAUGUAGAAAUCAAUUAGUAUCAAACUAUAAUGGCUGUGCUAGCUAGUAACUUAAAGCUUUCCAUUUAUGACGCAAUUACUAGAAAUUAAUUGACUGAGAUUAAUAUUUAGGACUAUGUUAAAAUAGAAAAUUCAAUUAAAUAGAGUGCUUAUUAUAAAUGUGGAGAUGUUAUUAUGAGAUUUUUAAAAAAUUCUAAUUAUCUAGGUGUUUAUCUUAAAAAUUAUGGUGAUUUUUUAAUUAUAAGGAUCAGCGAACCUAAAAAUACCAAACCAAUAUAUCGCCUAUAGCUGCAGGAAAAGCUUUCUUUUAUUGAAAUGGAUCCAUUCAGCAAAAACUUUUUUAUUUUUGGAUAGAAAAGUAUUGAAUAUGGAAAUAUAAAAACACUUAAAAAUAUAUUCAUAGAAGAAGGAUAAAGUAUAGAAGUUUAAAUUGUAAAUUCGAAUGAUAAUUUAGAGGAAGAUUUUCAAAGUGACUAAACAGAAUCCGAAGAUGGAGAUACUAAAUUUCCUAAAUCUGUAUCUAGUUAAAUGCAAUACAAUAAAAACAGGUUAAAUGCUGAAGAUAGUGUUAAAGAAGAUGAUAAUUAAGGAGAUGUUUAGAUAGAACAAGGAUCUAAAAUUAAUAUGGUUGGAAUUAAAAACUCUAAAAUAAAUAACUUGAACUAACAGUAGAAGGCAAAAUAAAGAGGAGCUUAAGAUAUGGAGUAAGAAAGUGAUGAAGAUUUUUUUUAACAAUAAGAAAACGAAGAUAAUGAAGGAGAAGAUGAAGAUAAAUCAGAGAACGGAGAUGAGGAGGAUGAGGAAGAAAUGGAAGAUAUUCAUAAUCUCUCUGGAUAGAUUAUCCCAGAAGAAGAAAACAUAGUUGAAGGAAAUAGUAAAAUUUCAAAAAAAGGAAACCUUUCAAUAAACAAUACCAGUCGCAAUAAUCUUAAUUUCAAAAAGAGCUCAAACAAAGGAAACUAAUCUUAUAAAUAGAAAGCAAAUGAAAGAAAUAAUUUAGCACUUUAAAGUGGGACUAAUAUUAGUAUCAACAAUAGCACCCAUAACAACAACAAUAACGAUGGAAUAAAUGGAGAAGUAGAGACCAAAUUGUUAGACUCUAAUAGUUAUGCGACAUUCUUAAAAUAAAGAUGUUCAAAAACAAAAAAAACUAUUUUAGGCUUUGUAAACCGAUAAAUUGUUAUUUAUGAAAUAAAAUUGAGUGAAGAAAAAGAAGUUUCAUUCAGUCUUUUAAAUAGAUUAGAGUUAAAUGAACUCCAUGAGUAUGAUAUGUAAUUUGUUUAAAUGUGCUCUAACAUUUAAAAUGACAAAUUUGCACUAGUUUUGGAUAAAAAAUUUAUGCAUCUUUUCUAAAUAAAUUCUGAAAAGUAAAUUUGUACUUAUCCCGAAGAGUAUCUAAGUCAAGACCAAACAAAGAGAUACAUGAAUCCUAUGUUUUGGAGAGAUCCUUUUGAUAAAGAAAAGUCUGAAUACUUUGUUUAUCUCGAUAACACUCAUUUAAAUUGCUCUUUGUGCUUCUUAAAUUUAAAGACUUCUAAGAGACAAAUUGUUAUCCUUCAAGCUGAUAAACCAAGAAAUUUUGUAUAAAAUAUGAGAUGGGAAGGCUGUGUAGGUGUUAUAGGAGAAGGUGGUAGUAUAUUUAUAUUAGAAUAUCCUAGAUAAUAUUAUUGGGAAAAUUUUAGUUAUAGAUUCAGAGGCUUAGAAAAGAAUUAACAAUAUAUUGAAAAAGAGGAUGAAUUCGAUUAUAAGGAUGAAGAAAAUGAAAAGAAACCUUUAACUGCAGACGAAUUUGAUAAUUUAAAAACUCACUAUGCAGAUUUUAUAUAUCCACAACAGCAUAAAAUUUUUAAAGACGCUGUCUUUGAUGAAAGAGAUGAUAAUGAUUGA